UAAGUCACACUUUGUCGUAGGUUGAAUAGGUUUGGGGCAUGUGUGGCUAGCAGGCUGAUUUCUUUCGACAAAUCUCCCCUACAGCCAAUGUUUCUCGUUUUAACAACUGCUUUGGAUCAUAUUAAGCUCAAAUAGGUAUUUUUGAGAGAUUUAAGCAGGAUUGUAAGCCUAAGGGCUUCAUAAUUUCUACCGAAUGAUUGCAACAUCAGCUAGGAAUGCAUCACAUCAGCUGGAUGAAUCAAACAUGAGGGACAUGCAACAUACAAGGUCUAGCAAUAUGUCUCCUCCAAGGAAAAGCCCCAGUAAACAACAUGAAGUAAAUAAUGAAUUUAAGUCAGUUGAACAACAGUAUUCCACAGACUCUGAAAACAUGAUAAAGAGUGAAGAUUCUGGUGUUCCAAGUGAGGAGUGUGUUACAAUGUCCACAUCCCCUCAUAAUGAUAUGGAAGAUGAGGAUACUGAAGAAAUGAAUAGUUCCUCCUCACAAUGUUCUUGUCGGAUGUGGACGUGUAGCCAGUGCAACAAGACAUUCAAUUCGGCCCGUGCGCUCAAGAUCCACGAGGUGAAACAGCACGAAAAUAUGCCUAAGCAAUACCUCAAGUGUUCCCAUUGUGACGAGGUGUUUGAACACGGCAAUCUGCUGCAGAUCCACAUGAAGGUUCAUCAUAACAUCAAGGUACGUUGUCCUCAGUGUAAGGACGUCUUUGACCACCCCAAGGCCCUGUCAAAGCACGUCAAGGCACAUAAUACUGAACCAGUAUGUCCUGUUUGUGGACUCAAGUUUGAUCAUGACAAGCUCCUUAAAUUACACAUGGAGUAUUAUCACAAGGUUUCCAAGAGAGAAACCGCGACUUUACCCGCCGAGCAGCUUGAAGUACAAACAUUUCAGCCGUUGGCAAAUCUUAUUUCACCCGAUUCCAAAAGGAGGAGUGAAUCGCCUGAGAGAAGACGAGUAAAUGGCAGUUCACUGUCACCAAAUGAUAUACAUCAUAGAGAAGCAACACCAAGUCCAGGAAGGGAAGAGAAUUUAAGAGAAGCAUUCCAUGAGAUGAAAGGCGAUGAUAGAAACUCAAGACAUACGAGCCAGUCUCCACAAGAAGUAAACAUUUCAAACCAAGAGUUUAAACGAAGGGAAAUGAUUUCUCGCAGUCAGGGUUAUGACAGUAUGUAUCAUCAUAGGCUGUUAGCACCGAUCCAUAACAGGGGACCUAUGUAUUAUCAUUCCUUGGAUGAUAAAUCCCGGGUGCCUUCUCCGUUCGGGCUGAUGCCUUUUCAGCCACCGGGGCUGCAGAGACGUCUCGAGAAGAGACCGUUAGGUCGGAGCCACAGCUUGCCUUUGAAGAAAGAGGCAGCUUACCACGACAUGCCACCUGUUGCCCCGUGGCAGUGGGCGGAAGCCAACCCUAUGAUGUACGGCCCAGUGCCUAGAGAAAAAAGGAUUGAUCGGGCUGUCUUGGAAGCUGUGCGCAAUAAUCUAAAGGCCAAGCUAAGGACAGUUGAAGYAACAUUGUUCGGGGAAGAAGAAGAUCUACAUCAUCCACUGAGCUCUACUUUAGCUGAAUACUACGAACAACAGGGGCCCCUUAGCAGCAGGGAGGAACUAUCAAGGCAAUACAGGCCAAGCGUCAUCACUCCUAGGAGUACAUUCGAUAGCUUUGCCGCCUUCAAACGAAAACCAAGCCCAAACGACCUCGAACCACAAGAGAAGAAGAUGUUUCGGUACGAGGAAAGGGAGGUGAUGCAGGACAGCAUGGAGAGUCCUGGUUUAAGCCCAUCUCACAAAGCUAGCGCGAUUCCUUUCAUUCCUGAGAUGCGACCAAGAUUUUACGAUCCCAUCACGCAGUCGAUGUGCGGUCGACCAUUCAACACGAGAGACGAUUCAUCGAUCUUAAGAAGAAGUGACGAUUUGAAUUUUGGUGACCAAGCUAAGAUCUUCAUCAAACGAGGCGCGCCAAGAUGCAACCGCUGUCAACAAACCUUCUCGUCCAAGAUGGAGUACCUCCACCACUUGAUAUCACAUCGAGAAAAGGAUGGCUUGGCUGACGAGAGUCCCGAAGAGAUGGAGUUUAUUGAAGGCGUCAGGCGUACUAUGAAUUUAAAGAGUUUCGCUAUGGAGGGUCGUCAUCGAACAAGCUCAAACACUACUCCAGAAGGUUCUCUUUCACCGAAGGGAGAGGAACCCAGAGGGUCCCAGAAAGCUGGUGGUGAUGAUGAUGAAGCUGAUAAUACAGAAAAAAAGGCGAAAGCUAAGAAAUCCCCAGGAGAGCAGCCGUCUCCAUUGGCGUCACAAAGUGAAGAAGAUAACCUUUCCUUGGGUACAGCUACCUGCUCGGAAUGCAAAGAUGUUUUUGCUGACUCCAUGUCGUGUCGUAUGCACAUCGAGAAGCGACACAUGAAGCCGCGCUGCCGUGAAUGCGGUCUUACGUUUGAUCACAAGAAUCUCUUAAAGAUCCACAUGGAUUGCUACCACAGCACUUUGGACGUUCUACAGUGCUACUAUUGUGGCAUGUCGUUCAAACAACGAAGUAAGUUUCUGGAUCACCUCACGUCCCAUGAAACCCAGGAUAUAAACAAGGAUAAAUUAGGCGAGCAUGGGAACGAGUCAACCGAACCUGGAGGACGCCGUCGAUGGGGACGCCUCGUGGCGUCUGCACAACUGCCUUCUGAAAAACCUGAUCCAGGAAAUAAAGAGCGCAUUCCUUCGAGGAGUGACUUUCUUGAAACGCGUGAAACUUCGUUGUUCAAAAGCAAUGGCAAAACCAAGUUAAGGAAGGCAGUCUCGCUGUCAACGUAUACUGACAUGAUCAACAGAAACAAGAGAAGAGCGUCGGAUUUCCUCCGUGAUUCGCGCGCUAAGGGAGACGAGGUGAUUGGAAGAGAAACAAGAACCCGCAUCUUUCUUCCUAAUUUUGAAGACAGAAAGAUAGAAGAUGUUUCAAGGUUUCAUUCUGCUCACUCAACAGACAAGGAGUUGGCUUCACCUCUGAUAGCGAGGCAACGCCCUUCGCAGGACGAUACCGAGCAGUUGUUCCUGAAAAGAAGAGCUUUCCAAAGCAGAAACGACGACGAGGCACGCGCAUUUUGGUCAGCAGAAAGACCUCCAUUCCCUGCACACAGCUUGGAAGAAAACCAAGAUCACAUCGGUAGCUACGACGGCAAGAAAGACGAGUUACGACGGCUACAACAACAAAGUAUUCCUGCCGAAGGAAACAUGAGAAACCAACACAUGCCUUUGUUUAGAAAAGCGUUCGUCCGAGACGAGGUAGAGACGCUUUAUCAACUCAGGCAUAAAAAAUCUUUACAUAAUCCUGAAGGGAAAGACAGAGAUUCCCCUCCACCCGAGCCUCCCGAUCACAGAAGUGACCUUGUCAAGAUCGAAAGAAUCGAACUGAAUCCCAUCGCUAUGCAGCAUAAGCCAGUUGAACGACAACAGCCUGGAUUACGACCGAACUAUGAUAGUGAACGAAGGGGCGAGGUUAUUUCAUCUAAGGAACGCUGUCGUAAUGUUCCUGAACAAGAGUCGUAUUCCAGUAUAGUUCAUUCAGGGAGUAGUCCCAAGAGCUACCAUGAAGAAGCUGCCACCUCUGUCGUCCCUCCUCCUCCUCUUAUUGACAUAAGAAGCAUCUCGCAGACCUCGUCUCCUUUGAACGUAUGUUCUGCCGUAUCUGCAGACUCCAGCCCUACUUCGAGUAGAUCGAACUCUCCUCUGCCCGUUACCAAGAGCCACGACCCUAAAAGUAACAAAGGAAAAUUCGACUUGGAAGCAAGUAACUCUGCUGUAGUAGAACCCAUUGAUAAUUCAAGUACGAUGAAGGACGUAAAAGGAAAGCGCCGCAACAGCAUCAAAAAGCUGACUAAAGAAGCCUUGAUUAAUUCGUUGUCUUUAAAGCGAAGGGCAAGUGCUCCUGACUUGUACCAAAUGCAACGAAACUCRACCGAGUACCCUUCGGCCGAAAAAGCUGAAAGUCCGAAGACUGAUUCGACUGCAAGACCUGGUAGCCCUAGUGUAAGCAGCGAAGGAAGAGCAAGCCCUGUGGAAACUAAACACCACGGGUCCAGGUCACAGCAGUAUACUCCGCGCAAACAGUCGGACCGUGACGUCACUUGUACGCAAUGUGGAGUCAGUUUUGGCCACAAAAAACUGUACAAGAUUCAUUUGGACUCGUAUCACGGGAAGCCACAAAACCAUGAAUGUUUGCAGUGUGGAAGCAAGGAUUUUCGAGACAAGGAUGAGUUUCUGAAACACUUAAUGGCACACCAAACAAAAGACAAAAGGAAGGGCGACGAGGAGGAGGAAGAAAGAAAGACCCUCGUAGAAGAUGGGGAAGGAUUUGAAAAUAGCAGGAGCCCGGGUGAAAUGAGAGAUGAGAAUCUAGAAAUAGCACCAAAAGCAAAGAUACCUAGGAUGGAUACUCUAUACGAGAAGAAUAAAAACAUGGAAGAUGUUGAUCCUUAUCUUUCAGAAGUCAUAGUUAACAACGCGUCUAAAAAUGAAAAUGAUUUGAAUGAUGAGAGUGGGCGACAGUCAACAAGGGUGAACAGCAACGCGAAAGACGUGGAUGACAAAGGAACGACCUGUUUGACGUGUGGCAAGACAUUCGAGAACGGGAAACAGUUGGAGCAGCAUUUCUCGUCACAUGCGAGCAUCAGUGAAGAUGGUCGAUUCUGUUGCGUGCUUUGUGGCAAGGCAUUCGAGACCCACCGCAAACUAGAGAUUCAUUCUCGUAGCCAUACAGGCUUUAAACCCCAUAAAUGCAAGCAGUGCGGACGGUGUUUUCCAUACUACAGUUCAUAUUACUACCAUAAGAUGACCCACACGAAGGAUCGCCCCCAUAAGUGCCCUCUGUGUGGGAAGGGCUUCAUACAGACUCGUUAUUUACGCUCCCAUUUAAGGACUCAUAAAGACGAGCAAGGGACACUAAGUGAUGAAGUCGAUAGCAUCAUUCAAAAGGUAGAAUUAAACUUGAAUGAUGAGACAGACGAAGAGAGUAUCGAUAGCCCUGGUACUGCUGAAGGCUCUCCAGCUUACCGAGCAAACGACGAGGAAGCAGAAACAGCAGAGAUCCUCUGCAGCUUUAAACGUGGUCUGAAUUGCAGCGCUCAAAACUCUGAUACAGAAUCGCCUCCUGUUUCAAACAGUUCUGUCUCUGAUUAACGUUGUUUUAAAGUGCGCAGUUAACAAAAGCUCUGUUAGUGAAUUGGUUUCGUGAUUUAUGGAGCGGAUUUGGUAUGGAUGACCAGGAAAAUGCGGGAAGUACCCCCCCCUCCCCCCCCAAAAAUUGCCCAAGAAGGCCCGCUAUCAUCCAUCAUACUUUGCGGUCGUUUUGCCUGCUUUUUACAAGUCAGAAAAAGUUUAAUUACUAAAGCUUCUGCGAUAUUCAAUUAGUUUAAAAAAAGACGGGGAAAAUAACCUUGCCACGGCACGCAAAGCAUUUUGGAUGAUAUGGUUACGUCUCACGUUAGGACUGAGCUGUCUUCCUCACAUACCAAGUCUGAUUUGAUACUCAAUGACAACGAUUUUUGACAGUCGUUUUGGUUUUAUAAAAUCUUGGUGUAAAUAAAGGAAUUGUAAAUACACUCCGUGCCCGAUCUAAAUUUUACUGUAAAACGGUAAUAAAUAAAAAAGUACAAACAUUA